GGGCCAAGCGCUCGCUAUCUUCGCUAUAUAAGGGUGCGGGGUCACUAGUCUGUACUGAAAAGUCACAAUGUUGAAGCUUGUGGUUCUUACUAUCUUCUUGGGCUACGCCUACGGCUGUGGGGUUCCCACCUAUCUGCCCAAUCUUUCCAGGGUGGUUAAUGGUGAAGAUGUGAGACCCAACAGCUGGCCAUGGCAGAUCUCACUGCAGUAUGAAGCCACCAGCGGCUGGGGACACACCUGUGGGGGAACUCUGAUCUCCGAAAACUGGGUGCUGACUGCCGCCCACUGUAUCAGCUCCCGAACAUACAGAGUAUUUCUGGGAAAACAUAACCUGAAGGAUGACGAACAAGGAUCCAUUGCUAUCUCACCUGAAAAAAUCAUCGUCCACGAGAAAUGGAACUCCUUCUUCAUCCUCAACGACAUUGCCCUGAUUAAACUGGCAGAGCCUGUGCCUCUGAGUGAUAAGAUCCAGCCCGCCUGUCUGCCCGCCAACGGUGCCCUCCUGAGCAAUGAUUUCCCCUGCUACGUUACUGGAUGGGGGCGUCUUUACACCAAUGGACCCAUCGCUGAGAAUCUGCAGCAAGCCCUCCUGCCCGUGGUGGAUCAUGCCACCUGCACCCAGCGCGACUGGUGGGGAACUCAGGUCAAGACCACCAUGGUCUGCGCUGGAGGCGACGGCAUUGUGUCCGGAUGCAACGGAGAUUCUGGCGGACCCCUCAACUGUCAGGCAGCAAAUGGAAACUGGGAGGUCCACGGUGUGGUCAGCUUCGGCUCUGGUCUGAGCUGUAAUUACGAGAAGAAACCUACUGUCUUCACCCGUGUGUCCGCUUACAUUGACUGGAUCAACGAGAAAAUCAUCAACAACUAAAGAAAACCUUAAAUAUCCGACAAGUUUUCUGCUGAGGAUUCACGUGACUUGAAGUCCUAACUGGGCAUUGCUUAUGUUUCUGUCAAUAUCGAGAACAAUGUUAAGGAAGUUACUCAUUCCUAAUAAAACAAUCCAGCAAUGAAA